ACUGGGUGCAAUCGAGAAGACAUGAGCAGCCAGCAGUUUGCACAGAGCAACAGCUGACAAUGUGAUCACAUACACACAGAAUGAAGCAACAUGUAAAAACUCAAAGCGUCCGCUUCAGUUGAGGAAAGGGGGGGUCUCCUACUGAUUAAUAUUGACUUUCUAUAUAUUUUGUGAUCGCAAUCAUGCAUCAAUCACUCUGAUUCUCACGGCCCCUGGAGAGCCGUGAGAACCCACCGGAGUUCGGCGCUGCGAGCAAAGGCGCAAACAGGACAUCUGGGGAGCUUUUACGCGCAGGGGUGAACGCAGCUGGAUGCAACACGAAUGCACUCAUUUCUAUAGCUGCAUUAUUUUCACAGCAACCUCGCAUGACAUGGAAACAGUGGUAUAACAUAUUCUAAUAUUAUAUUCACACUCCAAACACAUUUGCAAACACAAUGGAGGAGACUCUAAAUAACCUGUGCGUGCUGAACUGGGAGCAGGUGAAGCGUCUGGAUGCCAUCCUUACCGAGUCCAUCCCCAUUCACGGCAAGUGGAACUUCCCUACCCUGGAGAUGAAACCCAGGGACAUCGUUAAAGUGGUGCGGUGUCGCAUGGAGGAGCGCAAGAUCCACGUCCGGGAGGUCCGGCUGAACGGCUCCGCGGCCAGUCACGUUCUCCAUGAGGACAGCGGUUUGGGCUACAAGGACCUGGAUCUCAUAUUUUGCGCUGAUCUGAAAGGAGAAGUGGAGUUUCAGACUGUCAAAGACAUCGUUCUGGAUUCCCUCUUGGAUUUCCUGCCUGAGGGAGUGAAUAAAGAGAAAAUUACCCCGGUGACAUUAAAGGAGGCUUAUGUGCAGAAGAUGGUGAAAGUGUGUAACGAUUCAGACCGAUGGAGUCUAAUCUCACUUUCCAACAAUAGCGGGAAGAACGUUGAACUGAAGUUUGUGGAUUCCCUCCGGCGUCAGUUUGAGUUCAGCGUCGACUCCUUCCAGAUCCGCCUGGAUUCCCUCCUCCUCUUCUACGAGUGCUCUGAAAACCCCAUGGCCGAGACGUUCCACCCUUCCAUUGUGGGAGAGAGCGUUUACGGAGACUUCAGCGUAGCCUUGGACCACCUACAACGAAAACUGAUCUGCACGCGAAAUCCGGAGGAGAUCCGCGGCGGUGGCUUGCUGAAAUACUGCCACCUACUGGUUCGAGGUUUCCGUGCCGCUUCCGAAGCUGAAAUGAAGCUUCUCGAACGCUACAUGUGCUCUCGAUUCUUCAUCGAUUUCUCAGACGUGGCGGAGCAGAGGCGAAAACUGGAGUCCUAUCUGCAGAAUCACUUUGUGGGAUUGGAGAACCGGAAGUACGAGUAUCUGACCACGCUGCAUAGUGUGGUCAAUGAAAGUACUGUAUGUCUCAUGGGACAUGAGCGGCGACAAACUCUGAGCCUCAUCACCAUGCUGGCGGUACGGGUUCUAGCAGAGCAGAACGUGAUUCCCAAUGUGGCGAACGUCACCUGCUAUUAUCAGCCUGCGCCGUACAUUGCUGAUGGCAACUUUAGCAAUUAUUACAUUGCUCAGGUGCAGCCGAUGUACGCCUGCCAACCCACACACACAUUCUCCCCGUGGUUGCCCUGCAACUGACCGACUGUUAACUUACCACAACAUGUCCAAUUAGAGCACUCGCCCAAUGAGUCUGUAUUUGUGUGCUCCACAGCGUGAGACUUUUCCAAUUGGCAGCUCGUUGCAAGGAGACGCUUCGAGCGCGCAGGAAGAGAGAAAGGGAGGGAGAGUGAGGUAACUUGGAUCAGUUCCUAUCGGGCAGCACGUUCUACCUAGGCUUUCCAUGGCUAAGUGCCAGGACUACAAAAAAGCACAACACUGGCUUAGAGGAAACCGCAUGGAGACUCUACCGAGAGUAGCAUGGACACAAAAGGGACUAUCUUUUGCAUCUAUGUGUGAUAGACGUAUUUUAAGAAUCAAAGAGAUCCUGCGAAUUGUGUUGAAGUUGCAGUUUCGCAAGGGAAGUAAGAGAUACCCAAAAACAGGGGUGUCCAUACUUGUUCCUGGAGGGCUUCUUUUCUGCAGAGUUAGGCGAAUUAAGCACUAAUUAAAAAUUUCACCAGAGCUUACUGAUUAAAAGAUUAUCCUCUUUCCCGAUGAACUAAAAUGAUAAAAAAAAAA